CAUGUUUUGAAGUAUUUGUCAACAUAAAAGUCAAAAGAUUUAAUUUAUUUGAAAGUUCAUUAUACUGAUUUACAUUAUUGUAUUUUCAAUCAUUGAAUAAUGGUGGUCAAAAAAAAGAAGUCGGUUAGAAAUGAUGCUUCGAUGGGUGUAAGCUUAGAUAUGUCGAUGGAUUCUAUGGAAGAAACAAGAUUCAAGAAAAAAUAUCAACAUCUAAUCCACAAAUUAUCCAAAAAACUACACUUCACCACCAUUGAACUAGAGUGUCUAUUGAUAAUUUAUUACAAACUGCAGAAAGAAGGAGAAAUCAAACAGCCUGGAGUAACCAAGACUCAAUUUCGAGAUGUUUUACACUGUGGAUUCGAUAUGACAGAUGAUAAUCUAAUGGACAGAAUAUUUUUAGCCAUUGAUAAAGGACCGAGUUCAUAUGUUUCAAUGGAAACUUGGGCAACAACCUUGAGUCUAUUUCUGAGAGGGUCACUAGAAGAAAAAAUUGAAUUUUGUUUUUCUGUGAGUGGUUAUAUAUAAAAAAAAAACUUGAAAUCCUUGAAAGAUAUGAUUGAAGUAAUCACCAAAAAAAUGGACUUAGAUAGAGACGGCAAAAUUUCAUUCAAUGAUUAUAGACAAAGUGUCUUGAAACAGCCUAUGCUUUUAGAAGCUUUCGGACAAUGUCUACCUUCAAGAAAUGCAAUACACGCAUUCAUGAUAUCGUUCACAACGAACCCUGGAAAAUUAUAGAAUAGUUGAAAUUUUAAUUACCGAUUCCUCGUACAGUUGCUUGGCAAUAACAUCUGAUAGAUGAGCUUUCAAUGCUUCCUGCUUUGCUUGCUCUUCCUGUCUGAAAAAUCAUCAGAAUAUUAGUUGAAAUAAACAAGGUGGUUCAUUGAAACAUA